UUGUGGUUUGCACGCCGUCGCGCGCAGUGAACGUGGUCAAAUCGGUCGCGAAACGAACGCCAUGUGAUCGUGUACGUGUGACCGCGCAAACAGUUGUAAGCCCGCUUACGCGUACGAUAAUAUUACCGUGUCCGAAACGACAAAAUAAUUUUUUUUCUCAAUACAGAUUGCGUGAUAUCCUAAUAUUAUUUCGUCGUUAAUAGUGAAUAACACGCUCAUCGUUCGUAUCCCGUGUACCGUUUUGAUAAUAAUAAUAAAUACUCUUUGCCGGACGCGGUGGUGCCGGCAGCAGCAGCGGGCGACGGAUAACCCUCGAAAGUGCGACGAAGUCGAAAAUGUCCCGCGAGCCGGACGGGCGGCGGCCGCGGCGGCGGCAGAGUCCCGGACUAGCGGUGUCCGCUGUCUUGGCGGCUGUCAUUUUGGCGCUCGCCGUGGACGGUCAAAACACAGAAAACGUUUGCGGUCAUCCUCCAGUGCCCGUCAACGCCAAACUCGUCCGGGACGGGGCUAAGGCCACGUUCGUUUGUGACGACGGUUACAGACUAUUCGGGUCCGAAUCGAUAACUUGUUCCUCAAACGGCGCCUGGACCGGGGAUCUGCCGUUUUGUGGUACCAACGUGGCUGUGCAUAAGCCGACUAACCAGUCGACGACGGCCAGGGGAGGAAGUCCGGGAAACGCCAACGACGGCGACCCAACGACAGUGCACGAUGGUCGGAGGUGUACGGAAACACUCAAGGAACCGUCACCUUGGUGGUCGGUGGACCUGCUGCAACCGUACCCGGUUCGGGCGGUGUCCAUCACGACCAGAGGAUGUUGCGGUCAUCAACCUUUGCAGGACAUAGAAAUAAGGGUUGGGAAUAGCAGUGCGGAAUUGCAGAGGAACCCACUGUGUUCUUGGUUUCCAGGAACGAUCGAGGAAGGCACGACGAAAAUCCUCAGCUGCGCGAGACAAAUCGUUGGACAGCAUGUAUUCCUACAACUGGUGGGCGUCGAGGGAUCACUAUCCCUGUGUGAAGUUGAAGUAUAUUCCACCGAAGAAUUUUCUUUGGAUCGCUGCGCGCCGAGCAGUUCGUCCGCGCAAACAGAUGUGGCAGUUUUCGACAAUAAGUGCUAUGAGUUCAACGUGAACCGGGGAGCGUCUUUCGCCGAUGCCCGACAAAAAUGUCAGGCGACCGGUGGCGACAUCGUGCACGGUUUCCGGGGGUCGGCGUCCACGUUUCUGGCCGCAGAGCUCGAGCGGCGGAAAUCACGACUCAAGACCCAGUUGAUCUGGAUCGGGGCGCAAAAAGAACCCGGCCUUACGUCCAGGACGUGGAAAUGGGUCAACGGUGACGUGAUAACGAAACCUACGUGGGGAAAAGAUCAACCGAAUAACUACAACGGUGAACAGAAUUGCGUGGUGCUCGAAGGAGGCCGCGAAUGGCUGUGGAACGAUGUGGGAUGCAAUUUGGAUUAUUUACAUUGGAUUUGUCAAUACACACCGACCACUUGUGGGAGUCCCGACAUCAAGGUGAACAGUACGAUAGCAAGUCCGUAUACAUUUAAGGUGUCGUCGGUGAUUGAGUACGUCUGUCCAGAAGGGCAUGCCACACAGGGUUCGGCCAAGAGGACGUGCGGGUCUAACGGGUUUUGGACCGGGACGGCGCCGACGUGCAAAUACGUCGAUUGUGGACCAUUGACUGGUAUAGAAAACGGCACUAUUACGCUGCAAGACAACGGUACAACGACGUUCAAAUCGACCGCCAAAUAUACUUGCAACCAGAAUUACAGCCUGUCGAAUGGCGACGCCAAGAGGACGUGCGCGGAAGAUGGAAAAUGGAGCGGACGCACUCCACAAUGUCUAUUUGACUGGUGCGGAGACCCACCCGAAGUGCAAGGAGCUUCCGUCACCGCAACUGGUCGCAAAGCCGGAUCCGUGGCCGUCUAUUCGUGUCAUCAGGGAUUUGUGGCCGUCGGCGGACAACAGGAGCUAAAAUGCGGACUUGGAGGUGAAUGGUCCGGCAAACCGUUGGUGUGCCGGUUUGUGGACUGUGGACCACCGCAAAUCAUCGAAAACGGGCAGGCUUCGCUAGUUAACGGUUCAACAACGCACGGUAGCAUCGUCGAGUACACUUGCGAACAAGACUACUGGCUCCAGCCCCACACUAGCCGCCGACAGAUCUGUACCAAAGAAGCGAAAUGGUCCGCUGACCCACCCACGUGCCAACUGAUCACUUGUCAGGAGCCCGAAGUGCCUACCGGAGGUUACGUAGUUGGAUACGACUUUAAUAUCCACUCGAGCAUCGAAUACCACUGCGACCCGGGUCACAAAUUGAUCGGCACGACCACGUUGCAGUGCAACAACAACGGCGAAUGGAGUACGACACCGCCGGAAUGUCAAUACAUUGAUUGUGGUAAACUCACGCCACCAGUUUACGGUACGUUACACUAUUCCAACGACUCCACACACCUCGACAGUGAGGUCAAAUAUAGUUGCAGCAAUAACUACAGAUUGACCGGAACAGCGAUACGACGCUGUCUUGAAAAUCAAGCGUGGAGUGGGACCGCUCCGAAAUGCGAAGAAAUAAGAUGCCCGGAACCAAUUUUACCAGAACACAGUGUCCUAUCGGUAACGGGUAACGAUCGUUUAUACGGACGAACUUUUAUAAGGACUUCGUCUGAUGCUGUUUCAACGUCUACGUACAAGAUCGGCGCUCUGGUCAAAUACCGCUGCGAACGAGGAUACAAAGUCGUCGGCGAACCGAUAAGCAAUUGUGACGACACCGGUUCGUGGACAGGCGUAAUACCACAAUGCGUUUACGUCGACUGUGGAACACCCGAGAGUAUCGACAACGGAAAAUUCAAUUUGGUAUCUAACGUUACGUAUUACGGUUCGGCGGUGUUGUACGAGUGUGACGAUCACUUCCAACUCGACGGACACGGCAGAAGACUGUGUCUUGAAAACGGUACCUGGAGUUCGGAAACACCAAAAUGUCAAGAAAUAAAUUGCGACGAGCUCAAGAGCGAAAACAGUCUCUUGGUCAGGGUAGCGUCGAGAACAGUCGGAGGGACAGCGGAAUACACGUGUCCUCGAGGAUACUUCACGAUCGACAACACAACGAGACAUUGUUUGCCAAAAGGGUCGUGGAGCGGGAGACCACCAACGUGUCAAAUGGUCGACUGUAAGCACCCGGGUCCAAUUGAAAACGGUAGAGUCAUUAUAAUGAACGACACCACGACAUACAACAGCGCGGCAGAAUACCACUGUGUACCUCAUUUCCAAAGAAUAGGUCCUUACAUGAGAAAAUGUUUGGACGACGCUCAGUGGUCAGGAGAACAACCAUAUUGCCAAUCGAUAAGUGCAGCAAUAAGUGAUACCAGAACCUUAGGUUUAGCUGUUACUGUUGGAGGCGGCUUUGUUUUAUUCCUAGUCAUACUUCUUGCCUUAAUUUAUUUAAGACUAAAACGGCCAACUCCAGUAAAAAAUACGGAAAACGUAGAAGGAGCAGUACGUAAAGAAGAACAGAAUACAGCAGUCAUGUCAUACGCUUCUUUAAGUGAUGUACAGAAUCAUAUCUACGAUUCGGUAACAGACUAUACAUAUGAUGAACCAAACAGCUACUAUGAGCCAUCACCAGUCUCUAAAGCAAAAUCAGACCACUCUGGGGCCACUGUAACAAUCAACGGUGUAGCUAUUCGAUAAUGUUCCAAAUUAAUGGUUUAAGAUAAUUGUAAUAUUUUUUAUUAUUGUAAAUAUAAAUUCAUAUUUAAUGUACAAAGUUAGUUAUACUAUUUAUGUGGCAAAAUAUAUGUAACACAUUUAAAAGAAUGGUGAAUAAAAAAACUCAGGUCGUUUGUGUACCUAUGUAAAAGUUUAAGUUGAUCAAAUAAAAUAUGAAUAAACUUAAAAUAUAUUGUUUAUAAAAAUAUGUAAUUAUUAUUUUAUUUGUAAAAAAGUGAGCUGUGAGUUAUGUUAAAUAAGUCAUAAUUAUUAAUAUAAGUGUUUUUGAAGUA